UUAUACAACACGGUUUAUUUGGAUCACUUUGAUGUAAAAUUCUCUUUAAAUUAAUACACCAGCACUGAUUGGUGAAGAGGGACAGAGAAGCGGAAAAAGCUAAAAUGCAGUGGAGCCAUUGGAACUGCACCUGGGCGCUGCUGGUUGUUUCGGCCCUGCUCCUGGCGGUGGCCAGCUCGGAGGAAUGCGACUUGGAGGAGUUCAGCAAGUGCACCGAACCACUUGAUAUGCAGCAUUUAACGUCUGAGCUUUCGGUUGGCUCUGCCAAAAAGGAGGACCUGAUGAAACAUUGUCAAAAACUGCGGAAGGGGGUGCGCUGCAUCCAGAGCUUUACCAGGCGGUGCAUGGACCUGCAGCAGCGGAAACAGUUAAAUAAGCUCUACCACGGCACCACCCAGUUCAUCCGAGACCUGUGCAAUAAGGGCGAGUUCCAGGACGACUUCCUCAGGCACAUACCCUGCCUCGAGAUGGUCAGGAGUGAGUUUGAGGUCUGCGCCAAUCGCUACAAGGAGACCAUGGUCUUACUGAAGGAGAACGGCACUCUCAACGAGAAUAUCAAAACCAUUUGUUGCUCCAUUAAUGAGCUCGUGGAUUGCUCUGGAAACGCGGCCCGUAGAAUCUGCGCUAAUGAGGCGGCCAAAUUCACCCAUGAACUGGUCGACAAAUACGCCAACAGCCUGACCAAGAUCUACUGCGAGGACUUCACCCACAACCCGGGCAUCUGCCAGGACGGCGAGGAAAACGACUCAAAUCCCUCGAUGCAACAGCAGCAGCAACAGAACAGCAACACAAGCAGCAACAGUAACGAGAACUCAUCUAUGGGACUAGACUCCAAGUUGGUCCGGACUCUGGUGAUCUGGAGGUAAAAAUAAUACACCUGUUCAUAAAGCUCCCCCAUUGGCGCCGCUGGCAAGCUUUGCGUCCGGAUUUGGAACUCUGAGAUGUGUCUACAUGUAAAAUGCUACGUCAUGUAACAGUUGGGCGACAAUAGCUGACAGUAAAAAAUUAGAAUAAAAAUAAAACCAAGAACCAUUUUUU